GAAGCAAGCAUGAAGCCAGUCUUCUGUGGUAACUUUGAGUAUGAUGCUCGUGAGGGUGAUCUUGAACGGCUAUUCAGGAAAUAUGGCAAGGUUGAGAGGGUGGAUAUGAAAGCUGGUAAGCCUUUUUUUCUUUCUUUUUCUUUCUUCUGCCUUUUAUCUACUCUUUAUCUUUGUGGUUAACCUCGAUGAAAAAAGCAGUAUUAUAAACCACUUAGUGCGAUGAGAAAAAGCAAAAUUCAAAUGCAUGUCAUACAAAUCCACUUCCAUGUUCACUCCACGAGAUGGCUCUGGAGGACUCUCCCUUUAGAAGGAAGUACUAAACAGCGACCAUAUCCACCUUGCCAUGCCGCCUUGCCAUAGAGAAAAUUCAUCUCCUUGGUCCACAAAACAAGUCACUUUCCAUCCGCUAUAGCACUGCCAUCUUUAUUGCAUUUCAUUCCUCAUAGACAUUGCACUCUUGGACAUACCUCUGCAAUGGAGAAGGCACUCUCUUUUCAUUCACAUCCCGUCUGACUUCCACAUUUUCAGUUGUUCCUUGACAUAUUAAUUCCAUAAUGCAAGGCUUUGCUUUUGUGUACAUGGAAGAUGAAAGGGAUGCUGAAGAUGCCAUCCGAGCGCUUGACCGCAUUGAAUUUGGGCGUAAGGGACGUAGACUUCGUGUUGAGUGGACAAAGAGUGAACGAGGAGGUGAUAGAAGAUCUGGUGGUGGUUCAAGGAGAUCCUCAUCCAGCAUGAAACCUUCCAAGACUCUCUUUGUUAUCAACUUUGAUGCGGAUAUUACUAGGACCCGGGAUCUUGAGAGACACUUUGAGCCGUAUGGAAAAAUCGUAAACGUUAGGAUCAGGAGGAAUUUUGCAUUUAUCCAAUACGAGGCACAAGAGGAUGCCACCAAGGCGCUGGAUGCUACAAAUAACAGUAAGCUGAUGGAUAAGGUGAUCGCGGUGGAGUAUGCGGUGAAGGAUGAUGAUGCUAGAGGGAAUGGUCACAGUCCUGAAAGACGCCGUGAUAGGUCACCUGAAAGGAGAAGGCGAUCACCUAGUCCUUACAAAAGAGAAAGAGGAAGCCCUGAUUAUGGCCGAGGUGCUAGUCCUGUUGCUGCAUACAGAAAGGAAAGGACCAGUCCUGACUAUGGCAGAAGACGUAGCCCAAGUCCUUACAAGAAAUCAAGGCGUGGCAGUCCCGAGUACAGUCGUGACCGCAGAGGCAAUGAUAGUCCUCGUAGGAGGGAGAGAGUCGCAAGCCCUAAGUACAGCAGCCGCAGUCCCAACAACAAGAGAGAGAGGAUUAGCCCUGAUCACAGCCCAUUGAAGAAGGAAAGUCCGAUAAAUGAAGCGGGUGAAGUUGAUAGUCCAAUCGAAAGGAGGAGGGAGAGAUCGAGGUCUAGCCCUGAGAAUGGCCAAGUUGAAAGCCCUGGCUCAAUUGGAAGAAGAGACAGUGAUGGUGGCUACGAUGGUGCAGAGAGCCCGAUGCAGAAGAGCCGGUCUCGUUCACCACCUGCUGACGAGUGAUGAAAGUGGAUCCACAACCUCUAUCAAAGUAGGAUGUUGUAACUGUUUGUUUGUAGUCAACAAUGUGUCGUCGUAUUUAGAUUUGGUCUCUUGCUUAAAUGUCUUUUCUGGUAGAUUCCAACUUGGAUCUCUUUUUAUUGUCGGAUUAUAAAACUUUUGUCUGUAUGCCAAGGUACUGCAUUUUCCGUUAUUAUCAUCUCAGUUUGAACUCCAA